ACGACUAACCCCGAAGCAGCAUACAAAACAUCAUAUUGUUGGAGCGUUUUCAACCGCCUCUCGAUUGAGUGUUGCUCCAGCCAGACAGGUCCUUGAUGCUGAGACUGCUGAAGUGUACUUGACUGAUGUCAAGAACGAAGGUAGAUUCAACGAGGCGAUGCGCAAUUUCCCUGGACCACUUUGCAGGGGCAAAACCCAUAAACGGGAUGUUGUAAAGUAUGCCAAAGAGAUGGCCAUGAUGGCUUUCAACAACCAAAGCGAUUCUUUUGAAAAACGCGAGGCUGGCUACAUUCUUUGGCAAGUGUUGGCUUUUAUGGUGCAACAAAAUGGGGUGUACCUCAACACCGAUAUUGCCGAGGUUCUAACCUCGGACCUACCCGAAGAUUCUUAUACAAGACGGGAACGUAGUUCUUCCAGCUCUCAAAGGGUAUCCUUUGCAGCUGAUGGGCAAGAUUAUUCCAAACACGAUCAAGUCGCGACAUAUCGAGAGCUUCUCUUGGCUGGCAAAACACAGGAAGCUCUGGAACACGCAGUAAACUCCAAGAUCUGGGGCCACGCCUUGAUGUUAGCAUACCACACUGACCAGAAUGUAUUUUCGAAUAUCAUGGAAAGAUUCAACAGUCAACUUAAUGAGGACGAUUCCUUGUUAUGUCUGUAUCAGCAUCUCGGGUCUAAGCGACCUUCAAUUUUAGAUCUAUAG